UUUUGGAUAGGGAGCGAUCGCCGUGCGAGGCAGCAAGAUGGACGCGGGAUUCUUCCGCGGAACAAGUGCAGAACAGGACAAUCGUUUCAGCAAUAAACAGAAGAAGCUACUGAAGCAGUUGAAGUUUGUAGAAUGUCUAGAAAAAAAGGUAGACAUGGGCAAAGUAAAUUUGGAGGUGAUUAAGCCUUGGAUUACAAAACGAGUAACAGAAAUUCUUGGAUUUGAGGAUGAUGUAGUAAUUGAAUUCAUAUUCAACCAGCUGGAAGUGAAGAAUCCAGAUUCCAAAAUGAUGCAGAUUAACCUGACUGGGUUCUUGAAUGGAAAAAAUGCUAGAGAAUUUAUGGGAGAGCUGUGGCCCCUUUUGUUGAGCGCACAGGAAAACAUUGCUGGGAUCUCUUCUGCUUUCUUGGAACUGAAGGAGGAGGAAAUAAAACAAAGACAGAUUGAACAAGAAAAACUGGCAUCUAUGAAGAAACAAGAUGAAGACAAAGAUAAGAGGGACAAAGAAGAAAAGGAGAGCAGCAGAGAGAAAAGGGAGCGAUCCAGAAGCCCAGGAAGAUGCAAGUCCAGAUCUCCUUCCCCUAGAAGGCGUGCCUCACCUGUCAGACGAGAGAGAAAGCGAAGUCAUUCUAGAUCUCCCCGUCAUAGAAUCAAGAGCCGAAGCCCCUCCCCUGCUCCAGAAAAGAAAGAAGAGAUCCCAGAACUUCCGGAACCUUCAGUAAAGGCCAAGGAACCCUCAAUACAAGAGGCAACCUCUACUAGUGACAUUCUGAAAGCUCCCAAACCUGAACCUAUACCAGAACCGAAGGAACCUUCACCAGAAAAAAAAAAUUCAAAAAAGGAAAAAGAAAAGGAAAAAACCUGCCCGAGGUCUGGAUCACGAUCGAAAUCGAGGUCACGAACAUGUUCCCGGUCCCCUUCUCAUACUCGACCUAGGCGGCGUCAUAGAACACGAUCAAGGUCAUAUUCACCUAGAAGGCGACCAAGUCCAAGAAGGCGGCCAUCUCCUCGAAGAAGAACCCCUCCAAGACGAAUGCCUCCUCCACCAAGGCAUAGAAGAAGUCGAUCUCCUGUGAGACGAAGGCGGUGCUCGUCGGCAUCUCUCUCUGGCAGCAGCUCGUCAUCAUCUUCGUCCCGUUCCCGGUCACCUCCAAAGAAGCCACCAAAAAAUAAUUCCAGUCCCCCUAGAAAAACUCGUAGACUCUCUCCGUCUUCAAGCCCUCCAUGGUGAAGGCAUCGGCCAUCUCCGCCAGCAAGCCCACCGACAAAAACCCGUUGGUCACCAACACCCCAGCAGUCAAAUCGUACAAGAAAAAGUCGUGGCUCUGUUUCUCCAGGGAGAACCUCAGGUAAAGCAACAAAACAUAAAGGUACCGAGAAAAGGGAGUCACCUUCACCAGCACCAAAACCUCGGAAAGUAGAGUUAUCUGAAUAGGAAGACAAAGGUGGCAAAAUGGCAGCAGCUGAUUCCGUGCAACAGAGGCGGCAGUACCGGAGACAAAACCAGCAGUCUUCUUCUGACUCUGGCUCCUCCUCCUCUUCAGAAGACGAGCGACCGAAGAGAUCGAACGUGAAAAAUGGAGAAGUGGGAAGGCGUCUACGACAUUCAGCCUCCCGGAGUGCAUGCCCAUCACCACGGAAACGCCAGAAAGAGUCCUCUCCUCGCAGACGGAGAAGAAGCCCAUCACCACCACCGGCCAGACGACGGCGCUCCCUUUCUCCUGCCCCUCCACCCCGGCGGCGGAGGUCUCCCACACCGCCGCCGCCGCCACCACAGCACAGGACUCCUUCUCCUCCCCCACGUCGACGCUCACCUUCUCCAAGAAGAUACUCUCCUCCAAUCCAGAGAAGAUACUCUCCUUCCCCCCCUCCUAAGAGAAGAACAGCUUCCCCACCACCAUCUCCCAAGCGAAGAGCUUCACCAUCGCCUCCCCCAAAGCGACGGGUCUCCCAUUCGCCACCUCCGAAGCCAAGAAGUUCCCCUGUUACAAAGAGACGUUCCCCUUCCUUAUCAUCUAAGCAUAGGAAAGGGUCACCCCCUAGCCGAUCUACCCGAGAAACCCGGUCUCCUCUACCAAACAAACGGCAUUCACCUUCACCACGGCCUCGACUUCCUCAUACCUCUGCAAGUCCUCCCCCACUCCGAAGAGGAGCUUCAUCUUCACCCCAAAGAAGGCAGUCCCCAUCACCAAGCACUAGGCCUAUCAGGAGAGUCUCCAGAACCCCGGAACCCAGAAAAGCAAAAAAGGCUGCCUCACCAAGUCCCCAGUCUGUAAGAAGGGUCUCAUCUUCCAGAUCUGCCUCCAGAUCUCCUGAGCCAGCAGCUAAGAAACACCAAGCACCUCCAUCCCCCACCCAGUCUCAGUCCCCAUCCACAAACUGGUCGCCAGCAGCACCUGUCAAGAAGGAAAAGCCCCACGCCGAGCCCAUUCCCUGCCAGGAAUUCAGACCAGGAGGGUGGUGGGAAGAAAAAGAAGAAGAAGGACAAAAA